CAUGGGACUUGUUCUGAUGACUUCUUCCUCAUUCCUCAGUGCCUUGUUUUCUGUCCUCACAGCCUCAUCUCCUAAGUCCUUUCCUCCUCCUGGCUCCUCCUCUCUAUCCUGUCUGGGCCCUGAGUCGUCUUCUCCCAGAAGUCCUUGGCCAGCCUUGGCCUCAGGGCCCAGCAGCCGUAAGCGGGUUACCUUGCUGCCACCCUUCCUGAGUGACCAGGCACAGCAGGUGCAGGCGCUGGGGACCUUCUACCUCUUCUGCCAAGCCACAGGUCCAGCAGACAUCCGCUUCAUCUGGGAGAAGAACAGACAUGCCCUGGAGACGUGUGUACCUGUGCAGACUCACAUGCUGCCUGACGGCAGGGCCCAUGCGCUCAGCUGGCUUCGUGAUGCUGUCCGAGAAACCACCGAAUACAGCUGCUCUGUCCUCUCCUCAGCAGGGAACCAGACCUCAAAGGUUCAAAUUACUGUGAUGAGACAUGAGGCAUUCCAGCAAGAAAAGUGGAGCCAGGAGCUUGCUGCAUGGCGAGCUGUCGCUGGGGAGCACGAUCGGCUGAUGCAGGGCUGGAGGAAGGCAUGGGAGAGCUGCAGCAAGGACAACUUCUAGCUACCUGAGGCAGCCCUCAACAGAACCCAACUGACCUUGUUGACAUCAGCUGCAGACACACCUGAUGAAGGCACCAGCACCUACCGCACCAAGCUGUUUUGGUCUUGGUUGGCUCCACACACACUCACUGGCCACUGCCUGAGUGGCCCCUCCUAGAGGCUGGGAAUUUCUAGGUCAGAACUCCCGUGGGCAUGAGACAGACCAGGACUCUUUUACAUUAGCUGUUUACAUAACAGAAGGGUCAGCUGCCGGAAGAAACAGGUAGCUGACCUGUUUGAAGCUCCACAUCCAAGCAGCUGAUGGAGCAGCGUGUGACAGCUAACCUGAUGGAGGCCACCCCUGCAUUAUCCCUAGGACUUCACUGCACACUCAUGCCCCUCCCCCAGGGUCAGCACAGCUAAUCUCCGCUCCGGUUUUGUGGCUCUAAGUCCAAUCUGUUGAUGUGGCCACCUAGUAAACAGGUCAUUGAUUUUGUUCCAGGAUCCGCCCUGGGACAGGAGAGGUGAGACUUCAUGUGAGAAUAUUUUGCCUUAAACCUUGAGUGAGGAUGAGGAAGUUGCUCUUUGCUAAUCUCAGAACACAAGGCUGUUUUCCAAAGCACAGUGGUUCCCACCCACGUUUACCCUGUCAGCGCUCCGCUUCUGAGGUAGAAAAGCCAAACAGGUCAAUUAUGCAAACCUUCUGGUGCCGUAUUAAACUGUUUUGCCAGUGCUGAGUAAGUGUGUCUUGUAGGUGCUUCCAAGUCUCCAUAUUACAGUCUUUGAAGCUUGUGGGUGUGUGGGACCUGGGUAGGCGUGGCCCAAGAGAUGCUCAGCCUUUAAUCUUGGUAGACCUGUCUCUUCUUGUCAAUUAUAAAACCUAAAACUCUCUUCCAAACAAAGCCAUGCCUCUCUAUGAUCCCUGGAGACUCUGGCUUGCUCAGCCCGCUCAAUGUCCCUUCUUUCUGGGACAAAUGAGUCAGGUAACCAUCCAGGUGUGAGGUUAGCUGGUCCCUCCGCAGCCCAGUGUGAAAAGGGACCCUGAGGUAGAGACACUCGAGGUCAUGUGUACCCUCCUCUAGGUGUACUGCCUGCCACCUACUCACCUAUCUGACCGGUGCACAGUAACCACACCUGCAGCAGCCCCCUCAUACCUUUGCAAAAGAAUUUUUUAUAAACUAUUUUCACUGGUUCUAUUUGAGGUGUGGCUUCAGCCAUGAGAAACUGCCCAGUCCCUCUCCUUAUUGUUGCUUCCUGCAUCUUCCCUGAAGUCUGAACUGGUCUAUGCCCCAAAGCAGCCACACACUUGAGGAUGCAGAGAGCAUGAUUAUUAAGGCUCCUUGCUCAGCUGGGUGGGGUGGGGCAGGCCUUUAAUUCAGCACUUUGGGAGGCAGAGGCAGGCGGAUCUUUCUUCUAGGCUAGCCUGGUUUAUCUACAGAGCAGCCAGGGCUAUACAGAAAAACCCUGCCUCAAAAAACCACACCUUUAAUCCCAGCACUCAGGAGGCAGAGGCAGGCAGAUCUCUGAGAGUUCAACGCCAGCCUGGUCUACAAGAGCUAGCUCCAGGACAAGCUCCAAAGCUACAGAGAAACCCUGACUCGAAAAAACAACAACAACAACAACAAAAUCCUUGUUUGGUGCACCAAGAGUGGGCGCCACACUCUUGGUGUUGGUGCCUGUGACCCUCGUUCCCCGCACACCCUGGCACAGGGGAGGCCAGGGGAGACUAGCUGACUUCAUCUAAAGCACUGGUUUCAGCAGGAGCCCCUACUGCUAGCAGAGUGAUGACAGAGCCACGGCACCACAGCAGGGACCUGGUGAAGGACAUCUAGAAACAGAACGAGGAGUCAGAAACCUACUCACGGGCGCCUGCAUGGGCCAGGAGCCUAGACUAGCAGACACCAUGGACAAGGCAACCUUAGGGCAGAAGGCCCUCAAUCAGGAGACAUUGCAGAUCAAUUUUUUCUCUUAUCAAAUUUCAGAAUUCUACUGCUGAGUGUAGCUGACAUGGUACUUUAAAAAAUCUUCAUAAACUAAUUUCAUAGCUUUCCCCCUCAAAUAAUCUGUUUCCAGACUUCCUCCAAUCCACUUGCUACCCUCUGACAGGGAUGGGAGAAGACAGAGUACCCCGUCCUGCUGACAUGGACACCAAACUCAUUACAGUGACAACACGGGACCAAACCGACCACAAGCUCCAGACAGCAGGUGGUGCUUGCCGCACAAGCUCCUCAGGCCACACGGCCAGCCCUGCAUUAAGCGUGCCAUCUCUGACUCUUCACUUCUCAGAGACAAUGUCGAGCACAACCCAAUUCAGCUAACAGAAUUCCCAAAGCCAGGCCAUGUUUACUUGGCAGGCAGAGAGUAAAACUUUUUCCUGACACAGGGUAGACUUAGCAAAAGAGAUGCAAGCGCAGGUCGAGGAUUCAGAGGUCCCUGGUUCUGUGGCUGUGCAUGGUGGCCGUAUUAGCAGUGUGAAAGAGGAACAAGUCAGUAAGGAAUCCCAGUGGGAAUAACCAGUAAGACUGACACCACCAGAGUCUGAGAUGAAAUUAAAUAAUCACUCUUUAUUCAAAAUAAAUAGCCCUCUCACUUGCAGAGAAAAUAUGCAAGCAAGCUCCGUCCUUUAAGACAGAAACCACAUUCAUCGUACGGUCAUUAAAAAGAUCUGUAGAAUCCACACUGAAAUCUACAAAUUUGAUAUAUACUGCUUCUUUGGAAAAUAAAAACUAAAAGGAUUAAUUUAUGUCAAAAAAUCAUGUUAGAAACUAAUUUUCUUCUGAGGCUCAUUUUAGCAAAUCCUUGGCAGCACAAAGUGGCAGGGCUCCAACCCCUGAGAAGGGGCCCUCCAUAGUCCCCACAGGAGCACAGCCCCUGUUCCGCCUCCCCGUCACUGGUUCAGUGGCUCUGUAAUGGAGUGUUUCCUAGGCAGCCACAGUACCCAGGACCACGGUCUCCAGCAUUUUCCAGGUCCAGUGUGCAGAGGGAACCAAAGCUGAAUCACCGGCUCUUAGGCAAGGCUCUCACGAGUAUAUCUGUGUAAGAGCUACACCAGCUGCUUCCUUUGCCCUUAGGCCAGUGAAUUUCCAACUCUACAGUCACAUAAACUACA